AUGGCCCUGCAGCAACAGCUCCAGCACACUCCAUUAUCGAGCAAUGAAGGACGAUUCGUCCAUCUCGAAGCGAUCGAUGUCGAGCUUACCGGGACACGUCCGUAUCCCAAGCUCCAGAUCAUACUCGAGGAUGAAUCCAACUUCCGUCACAAGUCAGAUGCCACCAUUAAUACAUUGGAAUUGCGAUAUGUACAUAUUCGUAACCCGCUCAAUUUCUACUCACUAACAUCGUUUCUCAGAUACGUGAAAUCCGGAAGCAAAGCCGUUCUCUCAGUUCUAUACAUAAAGGGCCUACGUCCUCAACGCACAGUCGACAAGGUUGAUGUGGAUUUCGGGCCUGACGAGUUUCAGUCAGGAGGGUCGAUCACAUUUACAGGCCAGGAGUCAGUUGCCACCAUCAAAUUAUCCGUUGGCGAGCCAAAAUCGGAGCUCGACGUUGCACGAUUAGUAGCUCCCAUAACUGUCACUGCCCUCGGGCUGAAAGUCGCCAUGCUGGAUAAACUUGACAGAGUAUUACAGAUAUGUGAUCUUGUACUGAGACUCGGCGUAGGUGCAUCUGAGGUGAACCCGUACGCAAAGGCUGCCGCUUCGAUUGUCAGCACAGUUUUCGAGAGAUUUCGGAACAUUCCCUCCUUUCAUAAUGAGCUCGUCCUGAUCAUGGAAGAGGUGGUAGAGCUGUUACCUAUAAUGGAGCUCAUCCUUAGACGCAUCACGGGUAAGGAAGUGCAAGAUAUCGUCCAGAAGUUCUUUGAAUUUGUUGUAGUCCUAUCAAAUAACCUAAAGGACUAUGCAUCCAAGCCACCUCUAAAGUUUAUCCUUCGAAAUUGGUACGAACCUUGCCGAGACGAAAUUCAGCAAGUCAAGGCGCAGUUGACAGCCAUGACACAAAGCUUGAAUCUCGGAUUGCAGGUCAAUAUUCUAGGCAUAGCAACGUCGAUUUAUGAGCACCAGCUCACGGAGACAGAAAAUAAGGCACUUAAGUGCUGCCGACCACCUGAGAACAGUGCCUAUGAUCCAUCUCGGGGCUGUCUAGCUGGCACAAGAACGAGUGUGUUGCAGAACGUCGAACAUUGGGUGCACUCAACGGAUCAUCGUCAGAGACUUUACUGGAUUCAUGGCGUUGCCGGAUGCGGGAAGAGCUCCGUAGCAGACGCAUUAGAAAAACGGACAAUCCUGUCCGGGUCAUUCUUCUGCAAGCGGAAUAUUCCCCAACGUAGGAGUGCCGCGAGACUAGUUCGUUCGUUGGUGUAUUUCUUAGCACAGAGGGUAUUUGCGUUUAAGAACGCCGUCCUUCAGCAUUUGGUGGAUGAUCCUGACAUCGCGGACAAACCUCUCUCAUAUCAGUUUAACACACUUCUCGCGAAGCCACUAGUGGCAGUUCCUCGAGAGACAGACUCGGUAUCGAUGGUGAUAAUCGUCAUUGACGCUUUGGAUGAAUGUGAAGACAGCGAGAUUGUUGCGUCCUAUCUCGCAAGCGCUGCGCAAGUUGCAUCUUGGCUCAGGCUUAUAGUUACCAGCCGACCAAGCCCACGAAUAAGGGAAAACAUACUCCGAAAAGAGGAUCUUGUGCAGGAAUGCGAUCUAUUUCGUGUGACUACUGACGAAGACAUCCGUCUCUUCGCCCAAGACCAGUUUACCUCAAAUCCUGACCUUCGCAACAUCCUACUAAUUCCGAUAGAUGCUCUUGUACGCAAAGCCGCAGGCCAUUUCAUAUGGAUCUCUACCGUCCUGAAACAUGUUGGCAUGGAACCGUUCGGAAAGAGCCGACUACUACAGCGAAUAAUCGACUCAGAUCCUCGCACAUCCUCUUCGGAGGGAAAUCUUGACGCCAUAUACUCACGAGUACUUGAAGACGCUUCGCAAGGCUCAAAUAGACCGCUUCCUUCGAAAGCAAUUCGCGCCUUUAUUCCUUCUGAGCUGGACGCUGGUCAGGACGAACUGGAUGCCUUAUUCAAACACUUAGGCUCUGUUCUUUACGAAGACAAUCGGACACGUGCUGUUCGCGUAUGUCAUCCAUCAUUCCUCGACUUCGUCGGGAGCAUGGAGAGGUCUGGGCGCUUCUGGACUGCUGUGAAAGAGCUGGAGACCAAUAUGACAGAAAAGUGCCUGCAGAUCUUAUUAGAUGAGCUCAAAUUCAAUAUAUGUCACCUGGAGACCUCGUAUUAUGCGAAUGACGAUGUACUGGACCUUAACUACCGCAUAGAUCGCGACAUCCCUCAGCAUUUACAGUACAGCUGUUUGUACUGGUUUAACCACAUGUGCAGAUCUCAAAACGGUGAAACAUGCAAAGCGCGAAUGCAGCAGAUGCUGCAUGGACUUCUAAAUAGGCCACCUGCGCUGUAUUGGCUCGAGGCAUUAAGCAUUUUGUCGGAAAUUAGAGUCGCGUUCACCACUCUUCAAGAGCUGGCAAGUGUUUUAAAGCAUUCCGGGGCCGAUGAAGAUCUCGUCUCCAUGGCGACCGACUUGUUUCGAUUUGUGGGGGCAUUUCGAGAGCCAAUGGUAAUCAGCGCGCCGCACGUCUACCUUUCGGCAUUGCUAUGGGCGCCAGUCAAGUCAACGGUUGCAAGUUGUUAUAGUGAAAGCUUUGAUAUCCAGCAAUGCAUUUUGAAAGGGGUCAACGCCUAUUGGCCCGCAAAUUUACACACAAUAUCUACUCAAUCCGGCGUAUCGUGUGUCACUUAUUCACCAGACGGACGUCAUAUUUCCGCUGGGCUUUAUGACAAGACAGUUUGCAUAUGGGAUGCUGAGACGGGUGCGCAGGUGGGGACAGCACUCGAAGGUCAUCAAGGCUAUGUCUACUCUGUUGCUUACUCGCCAGACGGACGUCACAUUGUCUCUGGGUGUUCGGACAAGACGGUACGCAUAUGGAAUACUUUGACGGGUGCACAGGUGGGCACAUCACUGGAAGGUCAUCAAGAUUCAGUCCGUUGUGUUGCUUAUUCACCAGACGGUCGUUAUAUUGUCUCUGGGUCUAAAGACAAGACGAUGCGCAUAUGGGAUGCUGAGACUGGUGCACAGGUGGGCACACUGCUUGAAGGUCAUGAAGACUCGGUUUGGUCUGUUUUUUAUUCGCCAGACGGGCGUCAUAUUGUCUCUGGAUCUGAGGACAAGACAAUGCGGAUUUGGGAUACUUUGACGGGUGCACAAGUGGGCACACCAAUUGAAGGCCAUGAUGGAUACGUUUCCUCUGUUGCUUGUUUGCCAGACGGACGUCAUAUUGUCUCUGGAUCUGAGGACAAGACGGUGCGGAUAUGGGAUGCUUUGACGGGCAAACAAGUGGGCACCCCACUCAAAGGGCAUCAAGGUCUUGUGGUACGUUCUAUCAUGUGUUCUCCAGACGGACGCCAUAUUGCCUCCGCCGGGGUUGACGACAUGACAGUGCGCAUUUGGGAUACAGAGAGUGCAAUUCGAAACGGAAGUCGAAAUAACACAGGAGACAGUUGGGAUGCUUACUGUUUCAAAGAUGACAGAGUCAUUUGUAUCACUGAACACACUGCUGGAACACCAACAACUAUGUCGACUACAUAUUCAAAGUAUCCGCCAAUAAUCCCAAGUGAUGGAUGGAUUCGAACUCCAACAGGUGGUUUAUUCCUAUGGAUUCCUCAUGAAUACCAGAAUGGCAUAUGCGAUACAAGUGUUAGGUGCAUCCUAGACAAUGCACCUGGUCAUCCUGUAAGGAUCGACUGGAAAAGCGUGUGCCACGGUGAACCUUGGACUAAUGUUAAAAUUAGUUAA